AUGGCAGCCAAGUGCGAUAGGAGGUGGCUGCGGUUGUUUCUGUGGAGGUUGUGGCAGGCCCCGGGAGCCCUACCAAAUCCGGGAUCGGGCCUGGGCCUAGGGGUGAGGACUCGUGCCCGGAGCGACGGCCCCUAUUCGCGCACGGCGCUCUAUGAGCUGCUUGGCGUCCCCUCCACAGCCACCCAAGCGCAAAUCAAGGCGGCGUACUAUCGGCAGAGCUUCUUGUACCACCCUGACCGCAACUCCGGGAGCACGGAGGCUGCCGAGCGCUUCACCCGCAUCUCCCAGGCCUACGUGGUGCUAGGCAGUCCCACCCUCCGUCGUAAGUAUGACCGCGGCCUGCUUAGCGACGAGGACCUGCGCGGACCCGGCGUCCGGCCAUCCAGGACGGCUGCGUCCGACUCCGGCCCUCCCCGCGGCCGGCCGGCGGCUUCUCGUGGCCGUAGCGGAGGCCAGGCCGCGCCGGGCGCCAACCGCACCAUGUUCGACUUCGACGCCUUCUACCAGGCACACUACGGAGAGCAGCUGGAGCGCGAGCGGCGCCUGAGGGCCCGGCGCGAGGCUCUUCGCAAGCAGCAGGAGGCCCAGGCCAAGAAGGGCUUCGGCUGGGAUGAGACCCGAGACACGGCUUUUCUCCUCCUCCUCCUUACAGUCUUCGUCAUCAUGGGCUUUCGAAUUUAA